GUGACGUAGCGGGCGGUGGCGGAGCGGCGGAACGAGGCGGCGGCGCGGCCGGGCCGGGCCUGGGGCACCCGGGCACAGAUGGACCCGUCGUCGCCGCCCUUCCUGCUGGCCAAGCUGACGCCGCUGCACUCGGAGCAGCUGCUGCAGGGGCUGAACGUGCUGCGGCAGCAGCGGGAGCUGUGCGACGUGGUGCUGCGCGUGGGCGAGGCCAAGGUGCACGCGCACAAGGUGGUGCUGGCCAGCAUCAGCCCCUACUUCAAGGCCAUGUUCACGGGCAACCUGUCGGAGAAGGAGAACGCCGAGGUGGAGUUCCAGUGCGUGGACGAGGCGGCGCUGCAGGCCAUCGUGGAGUACGCCUACACCGGCACCGUCUUCAUCUCGCAGGACACGGUGGAGUCGCUGCUGCCCGCCGCCAACCUGCUGCAGGUCAAGCUGGUGGUGCAGGAGUGCUGCGCCUUCCUGGAGAGCCAGCUGGACCCCGGCAACUGCAUCGGCAUCUGGCGCUUCGCCGAGACCUACGGCUGCCACGAGCUCUACCUGGCCGCCAGCAAGUUCAUCUGCCAGAACUUCGAGGACGUGUGCCAGACCGAGGAGUUCCUGGAGCUGACGCACUCGGAGCUGGACGAGAUCGUGUCCAACGACUGCCUGAACGUGGUGACGGAGGAGACGGUGUUCUACGCGCUGGAGGCCUGGGUCAAGUACGACGUGCAGGAGCGCCAGCAGUACCUGGCGCGGCUGCUGCACUGCGUGCGCCUGCCCCUGCUCAGCGUCAAGUUCCUCACCCGCCUCUACGAGGCCAACCACCUCAUCAGGGACGACCACACCUGCAAGCACCUGCUCAACGAGGCCCUCAAGUACCACUUCAUGCCCGAGCACAGACUGUCCCACCAGAGCAUGCUGCUGACGCGGCCCCGCUGCGCCCCCAAGGUGCUCUGUGCCGUGGGGGGCAAGGCGGGGCUCUUCGCCUGCCUGGAGAGCAUGGAGAUGUAUUUCCCCCAGACUGACUCGUGGAUCGGGCUGGCCCCUCUCAGCAUCCCCCGCUACGAGUUUGGGGUCUGUGUGCUGGAGCAGAAGCUGUACGUGGUGGGAGGCAUUGCCACCCACGUGUGCCAGGGCAUCAGCUACAGGAAGCAUGAGAGCUCAGUGGAGUGCUGGGACCCUGACACCAACACCUGGAGCUCCCUGGACAGGAUGUUUGAGAGCCGCAGCACGCUGGGCGUGGCCGUGCUGGCGGGCGAGCUCUACGCCCUGGGGGGCUACGACGGCCAGUCCUACCUGAGGAGCGUGGAGAAGUACCUGCCCAAGGUCAAGGAGUGGCAGCUGGUGGCCCCCAUGAGCAGGACACGGAGCUGCUUCGCUGCUGCAGUGCUGGAUGGGAUGAUCUACGCCAUCGGGGGGUAUGGGCCUGCCCACAUGAACAGCAUGGAGCGCUACGAUCCGAGCAAGAACUCCUGGGAGACCGUGGCCUCCAUGGCUGACAAACGGAUAAACUUUGGGGUGGGGGUCAUGCUGGGCUUCAUCUUCGUGGUGGGGGGACACAAUGGGGUGUCCCACCUGUCGAGCAUCGAGAGGUACGACCCCCACCAGAACCAGUGGACGGUGUGCCGGCCCAUGAAGGAGCCCAGGACAGGCGUGGGGGCGGCGGUGAUCGACAACCAGCUGUACGUGGUGGGCGGGCACUCGGGCUCCUCCUACCUGAACACGGUGCAGCGCUACGAGCCCAUCUCCGACUCGUGGCUGGACUCGGCGGGGAUGCUCUACUGCCGCUGCAACUUCGGCCUCACGGCGCUCUGAGGGUGCUGAGCCCGGAGAUGAGACUGCUGGAGCUGAGCUGGGCAGAGCUGAGACUGCUGGAGCUGAGCUGGGCAGAGCUGAGACUGCUGGAGAUGAGCUGAGACUGCUGCAGCUGAGCUGGGCAGAGCUGAGACUGCUGGAGAUGAGCUGAGCCCGGAGCUGAGACUGCUGCAGCUGAGCUGAGCCCAGCCCGGAGCUGAGACUGCUGAACCUGGAGCUGAGCUGGGCAGAGCUGAGACUGCUGGAGCUGAGCUGGGCGGAGCUGAGACUGCUGGAGCUGAGCUGGGCAGAGCUGAGCUGGGCGGAGAUGAGACUGCUGGAGCUGAGCUGGGCGGAGCUGAGACUGCUGGAGCUGAGCUGGGCGGAGCUGAGACUGCUGGAGCUGAGCUGGGCAGAGCUGAGACUGCUGAACCUGGAGCUGAGCUGAGCUGAGCUGGGCAGAGCUGAGACUGCUGGAGCUGAACUGAACCGGAGCUGAGCCCAGAGCUGAGACUGCUGGAGCUGAACUGAACCGGAGCUGAGGCUGCUGCAGCCGAGCUGAACUGGACCUGAGACUGUUGAACCAGAGCUGAGCCCAGGGAGCUGGAGCCGAGCCUGCUGCACCAGCCCUGAGCCCAGCCCUGAGCCCAGCCUGGCACAGCAGCUCAGAGGAGCUGCUCCUGCCCCGUUCCCCCUGUUCCCUCGGUGGCACAGGGUGCAGAGCUCAGUGUCCAGCUGCCUGCUCGUGGCAGUGGGUUUGGCAGAGAGCUGGCAUCCAGUUGGGAAUUUGUCCAUCCAACCCUUCCUAGAGCUUUUGUCUCUUCCUCCUCCUCUGGAAUGUGGAGCUCCCCGUGCUGGGGGAAGCUGGGGGAGUGCAGGGUGAGUGUGGGGGUGCUGGCCCCUGGCUGUGUCUGCACAGGGGGUUUUUUAUGACCAGUAACUCAAGGGCUGCCUUGUUUCUGUAUCUCAAGGUUUGUACAUAAUAAAUGCCAUAGGAUGUUGCCUGUA